AUGGCAGGACGCGAGUCCGACCUCAAGCCAAACAAGGCCCGCAUGGCCGCCGGGGAGCUGUACUAUGCUUUCACACCGGACCUCAUUGCUGACAGACAGCGGUGCUCGAUUGCUUGCGAAACAUUCAACCGCGCUGGCCAUGUCUCCCGGAGAGAGCUCGUAAUGAUGGUGAAGGACAUUGUUCGAGACGUCCGCUCUCUUCCCGGGCCCGCUGAUAGUGCGGAGGAGGAGGAGAAGAAUCUGGCCGAUGAGCCCUGGGUCGAUGGACCCGUAAGGAUGGAUUAUGGAUACAACGUCAAGUUGGGCAAGAACGUCUACAUCAACUUCAAUAGUGUGUGGAUCGACACGUGCACAAUCGAGGUCGGCGAUCGCACACUCAUCGGGCCCAACUGCUCUUUUUACAGCGCCGCACACCCCCUCGAUCCCGUCCUACGGAACGGCACCAGGGGUCCCGAGUAUGGGAAGCCCAUCAAGAUCGGCUCCGACUGUUGGUUUGGGGGCAAUUGUAUCGUUCUCCCCGGUGUGACCAUUGGCAGAGGCGUCACUAUCGGGGCCGGUAGUGUUGUCACAAAGGACGUUCCAGAUUUCGUCGCCAUUGCUGGUAAUCCUGCUCGCGUCAUCAAGGAAGUUCCCCAUUCUGGCGAGGAAAAGAUCUCUUGA